UUUACACUGAAAGCGCGAGAUUCAAUCGCGAUGACGAGAGCGGGGAGUACAAGGUGACUGACUGUACAUGACAAGGUCUACUGGGUAAGGCAACUCUUACUGCCAACAAAAAAUGAACAAUAUAUGAUAGAAGAGGUUGGCACCGCAGCGUCUGAGUGUCGUACCACUUGCCGUCAGACUCCUCCAUGAGGUCCUUGAAUCGUCAUUCCUGACUCUGCCAAGACUAAGUUGCUAUCCGUGAUAGUAGCGACCAAACUCAUUCAAAAGCACGAUGCUAUGAUAUCGGUGCUAUGCUUGCUCAUCUUACGGUUGACCUCUAGCAUGUCCGCCACUACCUGCGCCAGCGGUGACUCGGACAAACGCAAGGUCGACUCACUGGCAUUAUCUGGUUAUGUCUGCUCCAUGUGUGCCGAACGUUUCAGCGAUGCGCGUAUCUUUGCGUCUCAUGUCAUCGCCGCGCACUCCAAGCAAACUUGCGUGUUCUGUAGUGAAGGAUACUUCCAGCACGAGUACCAGCAACAUUUGAUGGAUUCCACGCUGCACCCCAAGUGUUCUCAGUGUAGGGUUGGGUUUGAGGAUCCUGAACGAUUUGACCAGCAUCUCUGGUCGUGCCAUCCGGAAGGAGGAUGCAAGAUAUGCAAGGUACACUGUCGUACUGCCACCAACCUCCAGCAGCACUAUGUCGACUCGCCUUUCCAUCCCGUCUGCAACCAUUGUGGCUCUGGCUUCGUUGACAGCCAGGUGUUAUCUCAGCACGUAGAUCACGUUCAUCUCUACGAUCAAGCGUCGUAUUUCCAGCGAGGCAGGCCUGUCCUCCUCAAGGACGACGGUCCUCGCAGUGGCCAUAUUGACACUCCUUCGGCAGUCGGCUCACUUUCACCUCAGACAACCCACUCGGCGCACUCCUGGGUGCUGGCUGAGUCGCGAUCUGAGUCUAUCAACACAAGCGUCUCACCGGCGUUGAUGGUCCCGCCGAGUGGACGUGAACUCAACUCACCGGAACAGUUGUCCGCGUUUUCAUCCUAUUCCGUCAGAUCUGCUCCGUCACCACCUCCGCGGGGCAGCACUUUGACCCCAAUAACGGAGGCAUCUUCAAUCGCCUCGAGGCCGUGCACUCCAUCUCCGUACGAGCUGUCUAACCACGCACCAUGGCCCGCAGCUCCGACAGUCGCUCAAUCAGGACAACCGUCGACGCCGGCAAGCUCUCUGCGAUGUUCUGAAUCCCCUUUUUCAAUGUCACCUAUUCUCAGGGCGACAUCUCCGUCAGGGCCCCUUCAGUGCGGAGCACUUGCAGCAGCUCCUGCACUGCUUCCAUCUAAUUCGGGCGCAUCGCCACUGUCUUCGUCUUCUAUGAAGUCCGCAGAUUCAUUGACGAGCGGACCUCCGCCUCGGACCCCCACCAGUUGGAUAAUGCCUGCAUCUAUGCCGGUAGAUGAACAAGAGAAGCCCGAUAUACAUAGCAGGUCCGGGAGAACGACGUCGUCAAUGUAUUCCCAGCAAGAAGGUGUGCGUACCGUUAGGUCUCCGAGAAUAGGUACAGACACGGAGACGGUCAGUAGCAUCUCGGAAUCGCUUCCAUCGUCAGCAAGCGUCCAUUCUCUUGCUCCUUCGUACAUUCUUGAAGGUGGCAACGAAGCGCCCCUCGCCGGCGUGGCACGACCCACUCUCGCACCCAGUGACAUAACGCAGCGCGUAUACGAUCAACCCACCGAACCGCCCUCGCAUGUCCGACACUCGGGUCCUUCGCAGCACCUCGAGUCGCCCUUCUCGAGCCGGCCCGGGGGACAUGACCGAGAGGUUCCUACCUCCUCCUUGCCACCGAUCGCUCCACAGAAACUAGGGUCACUGCAUUGCAGAUUAUGCAUGCAGGAUCCUUGUGACAAGCCGACUGCGACGUUGUGCGGACACAUCUUCUGUAUGAAGUGCAUCAGUCAAACAAUCGUGCAAGAUUCUCAAUGCCCUGUUUGCAAGAGGGCGAUAUUGAUUCCUCUCGACGUUUAGCCCGCCCUGCCGAGCGUGUGGGAAGUACCAGCCGGUACCAAACCAACAAGCUCGGAUUGGCAACAGAACUUCUUGUCCUGUCCC